ACCGAACGGAAAUAAACAAAAAUAAAAUAAAUAAAGAAGAUUAAACAAUAUUUUUUUUUCAAAGAUAAGCUUGUCCGUUACUUGUAAUGGAUAAAGGCCAACAAUUCACAGAGUACUUGUUCGCUAAGAUGGGGCCCGGCGAUCGUGGGCCGAAGACUACAGAGGAACGAUCAGCACCAUUAGAGCCAACCGGCUGGAGGAAGUGCGUUAUCCAUAAUACCAUGCUUGUGGUCACUCUCGUCGGCGUCGUCGCUGGGAUUGCAUUAGGGUUCGGUUUGCGGCCCUAUCAACUAGGUCCGGACACGUUGGUCCUCAUCUCAUAUCCGGGCGAGCUCUUCAUGAGGCUACUGAAACUCAUGAUACUGCCGCUGAUCAUAGCCAGCCUGAUCGCCGGUUCCGCAAGUCUUAACGCUAAGAUGAGCGGGAGGAUCGCAGUGAGAACAUUAGUUUAUUUCAUUUUAACUUCGAUGUUCAACGCGUUUCUUGGUAUCGUAAUGGCGGUCCUGAUCCAUCCCGGACAGCCGGAACUGAAGGAGGACGUUCUGGUCGCUGCCGGCAGUAAGAAAGAUCACAGCAUUCUGGAUAGCUUGCUGGAUAUAGGAAGAAACAUAUUCCCCGAUAACAUAGUGCAGGCGGCUUUCCAGCAAGCGCACACGGUGUACGUCGAGGAGACCACGUUGCUUGCCAAGAAUUCAACCGAGAAUGGCACUGUGCCGACUUUGGUACGAGUCGUGUCUUACAGAUCUGGCACAAAUACUUUAGGUCUGGUAUUCUUCUGCCUGGUUUUUGGAAGUCUUCUCGGAUCUUUGGGCGCAAAAGGCCAAGUAGUCAUCGAUUUCUUUCAAGCGAUAUUUGAGGUGAUCAUGAAAAUGGUAGCUGGAGUUAUGUGGUUCACCCCGUUUGGUGUCAGCAGUAUUAUAGCUGGGAAGAUAUUGGGUGUAGCAGAUGUGGCACACGUGAUGUCCCAGUUGGCAUGGUUCAUAGCGACAGUGGCCGUGGGAGUGUUCCUUUAUCAGCUCAUAGUGAUGCAACUGAUAUAUUUCAUAGUCGUGAAAAAGAAUCCGUAUAAGUUCUACUGGGGACUGUCGCACGCUAUGCUAACUGCCUCAGCUACGGCGUCAACUGCAGCAGCGUUGCCCGUCACCUUCAAGGCAAUGGAAGGUCCACUCAGGAUCGAUGUCCGCAUCACUAGGUUCGUUCUCCCCAUUGGCUGUAACAUCAACAUGGACGGCACCGCUCUCUUCAUAGCGAUAGCCGCGGUCUUCAUAUGCCAGAUGAACAAUAUGACUUUGGGUUUCGCUCAAUUGGCAACUAUAUUUUUGACGUCGACGGCCGCGUCUCUGUCAUCGGCCUCUGUACCGUCGGCGGCGCUGGUGUUGCUGCUGGUGGUGCUGUCCUCAGUGGACGCGCCCGCGCAGGACGUGUCUCUGUUAUUCGCUGUGGACUGGCUCGUUGAUAGGAUUCGUACAACGAACAACAUGCUCGGCGACUGCUACGCGGCCGCCGUCGUGGAACAUCUGUCUAAGAACGAGCUGAUGGCGUGCGAUGCGGCUUCCAUUGAAGCUACGACCGGGAUAACUCCGAGCACAGAAGAAGCCUUAACCACGCCAGGGAAGCAGUCGAUCGUAUCGGACGACAUCGUCAUUGACAUGCACAAUCACAACAACGUCGAAAGGAUUUAGUUCUUACCAAAAGAGUCUCUGAGACUCUUAUAAAUGAUAAAAAGUAUUAAAAAGAAGAUUUAGUAAGAGAAAGGCUUCAUGCAAGUCUCUCAAAGCUUUCAUCACAAUACAAUGAUGUCAUCUAUGUAGAUGUUUAUAUUUUUUAUUUAUUGAUAAAACGUUGAGAUCAAAUUAUUAAAUUGUAAUUGAUGGACUGAUAUGUAACAGGUAUAUAAUUAAAUAUAGGACGUUUUUUUUUAAAUAAAAUAUGUAUGUACUAUAAGGAUUAAUUAAAAUAAAUCCAAGAUAAUCGAACAAUGCUGAACUUCUUUGUGAUCUAUGAAGAUUUUGCAUCGUUGUCUUUUCAAAUAACAUGCUCGUCUAACUCUAGAAGAUCUUCUAUCACUUCUCCGUUAACGUAUUUAUAAAUAGCAAUAAAUCACGAAGCAUCUCUUUUACUAAAUCCUCUCAUUUUACUCCUUUAAUAAAAGAUCUUCGCAAUCUUUUCGCUCCGUGAGCAGUUAACCGCGUAGAUUCUUGUUCUUAUGGUUUACUGGCUUGCAUCGGAUACACGAUGCAAGCUAUUACUAGAGUAAGUAGUAACUGAUUCUUAACAAUUAUUUUAAUGAUUUAUGAAUAUAUCUAUGACGGUAAGUUUUCGAAUACCAUACCAAUAUUUUAGAUUUUUCAAAUAUGGGUUCGGUAAUGUUGUGUAAAUAAUUAUUGUUUACGGUUUAGUCUAGAGCUAAUUUAGAUCAUUUUGUGUUUAAAUUUUUUAUAAUUUGAUUAAAAUGAAAUGAAUAUAUUAUAUAGCAUACAUUUAUACAUGAAGCUCACAAGUUCUUUAAAGUUCGAAUUAUUCUUUUCACAAAAAAAAGAUCGCGUGAUAUUGAGACGUGGCGGCCGUAAUGGUCCCACGUUGUCCAUAUGGACAUGAGAAAAGCGUUAGGAAGAAACAGGAAAAGUAGAAGUGGGUGAUUGGGUAGGGCGGUGGACUUUGUUUUUCUGACAAUCUGUGCAUUCACUGACCCACUGUCUGCGUUCUUUCUGUGCUCCAGGCCAGAUAAACCUAUUCGUAACCAUUUCUGCAGUGGCUUUACACUUGGUGCGCGUCAAAAAUAGGUUUCCUGAAAGCUACUGUCAUAUUUGGUCGUGGAUUUGGCGUGGAUUUUUUUAAAUUUUUUUUAUCGCCGUAUAGGCAGACGAUCAUACGGCCCACCUGAUGGCGAGUGGUUACCGUCGCUCAUGGACGUCAGCAAUGCCAGGGGCCAAGUCGCUGCCUACCGUUUAAUAUUCUCCACAAGCCUCGUUUGAAGAAGGACAUGUCAUAGCGCUCGCAUAGCAUAUGUCGCAGUAGAUUUCCUUGUCGGAGUCUGGUAUUUAAAUUUUCUUCAGAUCUAGUGCUGAACCAUUCUGUAGCAGUUGUUUUAAUCCUAGAUCCGAGUCUUGUGAUGCUGCGAGUGCGGUGUAGUCUAUAAUGCGACUAAUUUCCUCUAUGCGGGAGAGCGCGUCGGUUACAACAUUUUGGCUUCCUUGGACAUACUGGAUAUUCGUUGUAAAUUGGGAGAUGAAGUCCAGAUACCGACAUUGCAUUGGAGAGCAUUUUUCACGAUUAUAAGAGAAAGCAAAUUACAGGGGCUUAUGAUCCGUAAAAACUGUGGAUGGUCUUGCUUCUACCAUAUGGUGAAAAUGGCGUAUUGCGUUGUAUAUAGCUAGCAGCUCACGAUCAUAUGGGCU